AAAAAAAAAAAAAAAAAAAAAAAAAAAAGAAGAGAAAAAUAUGUACAAUAUUAAGAAAUAUAUAUAUUAAAAUUUAAUUACCUAGUGUAAUCGAAUAAGUGUAUAAUAAUUUUGCAAUAUUAUAAUAUCGUUAAAGUGUUCCUACAGAUCCAAUAACCAUGACCAAACUUUUCAAAAUACGUCGUUUAUUAUCAUCGGUUUUACACAAAUAUAAUUACAGUACUGCCGCGAAAUCUAUGCCGACAGUGAAAAUAAACAGCACAGAAUUCAUAUCGGAUGAUUAUACAAAUGUUACACCCAAAAUAAUUUCAUAUUUGGGGAGAAACUUGCAUUUACAAAAUGAUAAUCCACUAUCAAUAGUACGUCAAAGAAUAGUGCAGUAUUUUUACAAAUCUUUCACUCACAGAGGGAAACCUACGUUCAGUGUGUAUGAUAAUUUAUCGCCUAUUGUGUCAACUAAACAGAAUUUCGAUGAUCUCUUAAUACCAGUGGACCAUCCUAGCAGGGCUAAGUCUGAUUGCUACUAUAUAAAUAAAGACAUGCUGCUUCGUGCUCACAUGACAGCGCACCAGAGUGAAUUGCUCAGAUCUGGCCUUAACAACUUUCUGAUGAUCGGUGAUGUUUAUAGGAGAGAUGAAAUUGAUUCAACACAUUUUCCUGUUUUCCAUCAAUUAGAUGUGGUGAGAUCUCAACGUAAAGAACAACUAUUUCCAAACCAUCCAGACUUGGACAUAUUUGAACCAACAUUUGAUAAAGAAAGACCACAUUUAUUUACCAACACCAUCACAGACCCAACAAAGCAGAGCUGUCACACUUUGGAAGCAACUAAACUUAUGGAGGCUCAACUUAAAAACCACCUCAUUGGUUUAGUACAAGUACUAUUUGGUGAUGAUAUAAAAUAUAGAUGGGUUGAUGCCUACUUCCCCUUCACACAUCCAUCGUGGGAGCUCGAAAUAUAUUAUGAGAACAAUUGGCUGGAAGUUCUAGGUUGUGGUAUUGUCCGUAAUGAAAUAUUAGCAAAUGCAGGACCAAAUAAUACUAUUGCAUAUGCAUUUGGGUUAGGCUUAGAGAGGCUAGCGAUGGCCUUGUACAAGAUUCCUGAUAUUAGACUCAUGUGGAGCCAAGACUCUGGGUUCUUGACUCAAUUCCAAAAUAAGGAAUUGAAUGCAAAGAUAACAUAUAAACCUGUGUCAGUGUAUCCCCAAUGUACAAAUGAUAUAUCAUUCUGGUUACCAGAAAAUAUCACCAUAGACACUUUUAUGAGCAAUGACUUCUAUGAUUUAGUCCGUGAUAUUGGAGGAGAUAUUAUUGAACAGGUGAAGUUAAAAGACAAAUUCAUCCACCCAAAGACAAAGAAACACAGUCUAUGCUUUUCAAUAGUGUACAGGCAUUUAGAACGAACACUCACUCAAGCAGAAGUCAACAAAAUACAUAAGGAUAUAGAGAAUGCGAUUGUAAGUGCAUUUAAUGUAGUUAUUAGAUAAAUAUUGUUUAUUAUUUAUUAUUGUUGACAUUACAUAAAAAUUAAUUAUCA